AUGCAAAAACUCGGGUUUGGUUUAACAAGAUCUGGUGUUAAUCAUUGCGUAAUGGAAAUUAUGCGACUAAAUAAACGACCACAUCCUUUUGGAGAAAAUGGACCAGGUCAGGACUGGUGGGCACGAUUCAUGAGGGACCAUCCUGAGUUAUCCUUUCGUAUCACUCAGGAAUUAUCAGAAGCACGUGCACAGAAGGCAAAUGCAACAGUUGUUAAGGAUCGCUUUGAAAAACUUCACCAAAUUAUUCAUGAAUUCUCUUUAACUGCAGCACAGAUCUGGAAUAUGGAUGAAACCGGAUUUGUCAUAAUACCUAAAUUAGAAAAAGUCGUCGCUCGAAAAGGUGCACGUCAAGUACAUAAGAUCGCACAUGGAAAUUCACAUGAGCAUAUUUCAGUAGUCCCAACAAUCUCAGCCGCUGGGUCUUAUAUUCCACCUCUGAUUAUUUAUAAAGGGGUUCGCACAAUUCCCGGUCUAUUAGAAAGUGCACCUCCAGGAACGGUAAUGGGUUUUACAAAUACGGGUUACAUGCGCGAAGAAUUAUUCCGAAUGUAUCUUCGCCACUUCAUUAAUUCGAUCCCACCAAGUCGUCCAGUUUUAUUAAUGCUUGAUGGUCAUAAAAGUCACAUUAGCUAUACAAUUGUUGACUAUUGCCGUAACAACGGCAUCCUUCUCUAUGCACUUCCACCACACACGACCCAUGUUUUGCAACCAUCUGAAAUUCUAUUUGCGAAGUUGAAAAAAGAAUAUGGUAAAGCAUGUGAAAAAUAUAGUAAUGAUAAUAAUGGUAUGAUAGUAACAAAACGUACCUUUGCCAAAGUCUUUGGUCCUGCUUUUAUUAAAACAUACACACCCCUAGCAAUUUGCAACGCUUACAAAGCCACAGGAAUAUGGCCAUUAAAUCCUAAUGCUAUUAGUCCUGAACGUUUAGACCCUUCGUUAAUGACUGAACAAAUUAAUACUUUAUCAUCAUCCAUUCAGCCAUCCAAAUUGUCACCUUCAACAUCCCAAUUACUAACAGAUUUGAAUCAUACUCAUAUUGAUUCCCAUUCUACUCGGUUAAAUAAACUAAGGGAUGAAAAUAGAAAGCUUAAGAAUGAGAAUGAUUCAUUAAAGUCACAGAUUAUAGCAGUAAAGGAGGAGCUGGAUACUUACAAAAGUCCGGGUACGUGUACCCUACGAUCAGCCCUUAAGUAUCCUGUGAGUCGUAGUUCACACACUAGAAAUUUAGUGAGUUCUGAAAACAACACCGAUUCAGAACCACUUCCACCGCCAAAAAGAAGAAAGACACUUCCAUUUGCUCGGCUUCUUACAAACGAAGAGA